UAUCAGCUUCUAAGUCAGGCGAUAAUCAUUAUUCAAACGCUGACUGGCGCGGAACUUACAACGACGAACUCGUUCUUUUAGGUUCACCGAAACCUAUAGUGGAAAAAAACCAACCCCAAAAAGUCAUUAACUCAUAUAGUUCCGGCUCAAAACUUCGCACACAAGAUGGUUCUCUCUUUUGUUAUAUUCUCCACGCUUUGCUUGCUACUGGUCAGCUACCUACGCUACAAGUUCCAGUACUGGGAACAGCGUGGAGUGCCACAGGCAAAUACUAACUAUCUUGGAAACUUCUUCCUCAUAAAAUCUAUGCAUAAAAUGGAACUACUACGCGAAUACUAUAAAACAUAUCGUGGCACCUCAAAAUUACUCGGUACGUACGUUUUCACCAAACCCAUACUCAUUGUAUUUGACUUGGACUUGGCAAAGACCAUGCUAAUCAAAGAUUUUAACAAACUUAUGGAUCGCUUUCAACGACGCGAGAACAAUACGCACAAGUUCGACAUUCUCAAUGAGACGCUUUUUCGUGUGGGCGGUGACAGAUGGGGUCAAUUGCGCAAGAAACUUACACCGAUAUUCACAACGGCGAAAAUGAAGUUUAUGUUUCCCACGCUGUUGACGGUGGCGCAUCAAUUGGAAGAGGCUUUCAGCGCGCACUUAGCUAAGACGCCAAGCGGUGAUGUAGAAUUAUACGAUUGGAUGGCACGCUUUACCACCGAUGUGAUUGCUCAUUGCGCCUUCGGUGUUGAAUGCAAUAGCUUAAAGGACCCUACUGUGAUAUUUCGUCGCAUGGGACAUCGUAUUUUCCAUCCAAAGUUUAUAUCCAUACGUCUACGUACAUUUAUGCUUACAUAUCCCGCUAUUUUUAAACUUUUGAAAUUUUUCAACAUCAAAGAACAUUCAAAAGACGUAGAAGACUUUGUGGUGCAGAUUGUACGUGAUACAUUGCGUUUGCGCGAAGAACAAAACAUACAACGUAAUGACUUAAUUGAUUUGUUGAUUGAGUUGAAAAACUCACAAGAUAAGGAAGGCGUGCCUCCAAUGGGUGUUGAAGAGAUGGCUGCACAGGUAUUUGCUUUUUUCACUGGCGGCUUUGAGACCAGCUCUGCUGGCUUGAGUUGUGGGCUAUAUGAAAUGGCGAAGACUCCCCACGUACAGGAGAAGGCGAGAGCGGAAAUUAAAAGCGUUCUUGAAAAACAUAAUGGCGAAUUGACAUAUGAGGCUCUGAUGGAGAUGACAUAUUUGGAUCUAAUUAUAACAGAAACAGUUCGCAAAUAUCCACCGCUCUCUGCUAUUACUCGUAUCUCGACUGAUGAAUACAAGUUGCCCGGCACAAACAUUACCCUCGAGAAGGGCACACAUAUUUACAUACCCAUGAAAGAGAUCCAUUACGAUCCGGAUAUCUAUGAAAAUCCUCAAGAGUUUCGCCCGGAGCGCUUUCACCCAGAUGAAGAGCAAAAGCGUCACUCUCAAGCCUUUCUCGGUUUCGGUUUUGGACCACGUAAUUGUAUUGGUAUCCGCUUUGCUCGCAUGCAAGUGCGCGUUGGGUUUGUAACUUUGUUAAAAUCUUAUCGCUUCAGCGUAUCGGAGAAGACACCAGCACUUAUAGAGUCUGCUAAAUUAAAUUCAGUAGUUGUGCCUGGUUCCAAAAUUUGGCUUAAGGCAGAAAAAUUGUGAAGAUAAAACUUAUAUUACUAUAUGAAUCUUUUUAUUCUAAAGACGCUGAAAGAUAAUCUGAUUGAUGCUAAGCUAAAAAUUAGAUUUUGUAAUAAAUAGUACUUAUUAAAUUUUAGGUCGAGCAGAUGGAUUGAUAUGUA